GACAAGGGUGAAUCGUAAAGAUGGAAUAUGUGAGACGUGGAGGAGUAACCAAUCGAUUGUCCAAUAAACUAUCUCGAAAAUCAAAGAAAGGAAUUUGAGGAAACUGGGAUUAGCUGAUGUUGAUGAGAACAUGAAUCAUAAGAAACAAGAGAAGAUGAUUUGUUUAGAAACUGACAUCUCUUCAAAGAAGAAGAAGUCUAAGCUUCCCAAAAAGGACACUAAUGGUGUGGAUCAUCAUGCUUCUGUACCAAGGAAGCUUCGUUCAGCCAUGAAGAAGAGGAAUCUUGAAUCUGUUAAGAAGGAGAAUCAAGAAAUGGAUGCAAAAGCUAUUGUUAAUGAGUCCAUUUCAAAAGAUGAAAAAGAAGUUGCAGAGACGCUAUACGGUUUAGCUGAUAUGUUUACUGACACUGACUCCACUUAUAAGAAGACUUAUGAGCCUUUCUUGUCUGAUGGUAAAGAAACCAGCAAAGUUGACUCACUCUUGGGUCUGGAAACUGACUUUAUCACCAAAGCUGAAUCACUUAAACGAUCAGCUUCAUUUCAGUUUUCAUCCAAACCUAAGCAGAUUGAUGAUAACCAAUGCAGCUUAACCGGAUUGAAGCAAAGCAGCUCAGUGAAUGCACCUGUAAGCACAAAGCCAACACUGUUAAACUUACUCUCUUCUUCAAAGCUUCCACAUUGGAUGGCUCAAGCUGCUUCUCCUACCAAUAAUGCUUCACUCUUGAGUGAAACGUUAAGAGUACUUCCGAGAAAGUUGAAGAGAUGUGCCUCCCACAUUUACAUUUGUCGUCUCAUCAAAACGUUACAGACCAGUAAGAGUACUAAUCUCGUGGCACUUAACCAAACCGAAGAAAGAUCUUCAGAAAUGUCACAAUGUAGUUUCCCUGAUCCUGUGGCAACCAUGUUUGCUCCAACCAAGAGGUAUCAAAAUCCACAUCUGCUCGAUUUAGGCAAGACACAUAAUCCAAAACAGGUGCAAGAAAACAUGACUCAGCUUGGUCUCGAGCUUUAUGCACCACACACUACACAGAAACAGAUGCAGCAAAUGUCUCCUUAUCAAGCUAGUCGACUCCAAACCUCUUACAACGUAAUCCAGCAACAACAACUUCAGAAAAGGCUGUGGGUUGCUCAGUACAGACCAUCAUCAUCGAGCCGAUACAGUAAACCAAGCCUCUCCUUAAACCUGACCAGUAUUCAACCUAUACACGUUGCUUCCUCCCCAAGGUACAUCAACAAUGUAUCUCAACAGCAACAUCGUCUCAUGGCUGCUGCUGCUGCAAUGUCAGUGAAGACACAAGAACACCAUUGCAAUUACUCUGCAACGAGCACUCGUGAAGAUGCCCUAAUUUAUAGUUAAAAACAGAGUUCUGUUUCUGUCUUCGCCGGAAUUAGAGAUGAUGUUUUUUUUUUUCUCAGGUGAUGAAAUUCAGAUGACCUAGGUUUUUAAGAUAGAGAGAAGACUGAACCCUACUUGUUUGAGAAAACUUCUUAAUAUCUCUCAUAUAAAUGAUCAACGUGUUC